AUGGGCGCCGAGGAACCUACACCUGAGAACUACACCCUGCUCCAGGGCUUUGAGUGGAAUGUGCCUGCUGAUGGCAAGCACUACAAGCGCUUGCACGAUGCAAUGCCCUCCUACAAGCAUAUCGGUAUCUCCAACAUCUGGCUACCUCCCGGCUGCAAGGCCAGCUCUCCCAACGUAAGCGGUGUAGCCACAAAAUGGGGCACCAAAGACGAACUCCUCGCCCUCUCCUCGCUCGCAAAAGAAAAGGGCAUCGGUCUUUACUGGGACGCAGUGCUCAACCACAAGGCCGCCGCCGACAAGAAGGAAAAGUGCCACGUUAUUGAAGUCGACUCCAACGACCGCGAAAAGCAGAUUUCCGACCGCAAGGAGAUUACUGCUUGGUUGGGCUUCAACUUUGACGGCAGAGGCGACAAGUACAGCAAGCAAAAGUACCAUUGGUAUCACUUCGGAGGCACCGACUAUGAUGCUGCGACGGGCAAGAAUGCGAUUUUCCAGAUUCAGGGUGAGGGUAAGGGGUGGAGCGAGUCUGUGGAUGACGAAGGCGGCAAUGCUGAUUUCCUCAUGUUUGCCGACUUGGACUACUCACACCCUGAAGUCUGCGAAGACGUUACCAACUGGGGCAAAUGGAUUGUCAAGGAGGUUGGUCUGAGGGGAUUCCGUCUUGAUGCUGUGCAGCACUUUUCUCAGCGCUUCACCAAGGAGUGGAUUGAGGCACUGAGACAAGAGCAUGGAGACUUGUUCUACGUCGGCGAGUUCUGGACUGGCAACAAGCAGGACUUGAUCGACUGGGUCGAGCAGAUGGGGAGAAAGUUCUCGCUGUACGACAGCCCGCUGCUCAACAACUUCUCCAACAUCAGCAAGAGCGAAGCUGCAGACUUGAGAAAGGUGUUUGACGACACUUUGGUCCAGGACAUGCCCGUCAACGCAGUGGGCGACAACCCCGAACCUCCUUCCUGCGGUGACAAACUCGCCGACCUGUGCCUCGCCCGCAAACUCUUCGCUUACGGCGAGCUAAACGACUACUGGGACAACCCCAACUGCAUUGGUUGGGUGCGCAGAGGUACUCACGACAGAAAAAACGGAUGUGCGGUGGUGAUGAGCAACACAGGUCCUGGAGAGAUUAAGAUGCAUGUGGGAGGCGAGCACAAGGGAGAAAUAUGGACGGAUCUGCUGGGCUGGGAGCAGGGAGAAGUUACUAUUGACGACGAAGGCAAUGGUGUUUUCAAGUGCCCUGGCUGCAGUGUUGCUGUCUGGGUCAACAAGGAUGCAGAGGGCAGAGAGCACUUCCCUGUCAACUUUGACAGCGAUAUUUACAAGGACGCUGGCAAGCAGAACGGCGAUAAGGAAGAGAAGGAAGACGACAAGGAAUAG